UAACUAUCAUUUUACAAAAACAUAAUUUAACAAAGCUAAAGAAAGAAAAGGUGAUCUCAUAUUCCAUACAAAUAUACAAUCUUUUGUUGCCCUUCUUGGAACCGAUAAUCACUCUCACAAACUAAUUAUGCCAAUCAUUCUUGUUUGUCCUUCUAAACAUACGCAUUCAUUCCUCUUUACACCCACCACAGAGCUUCUUUUUUUUCAUUGCCAAAUAAACCAAAAUUCAAAACCCAGAAUUACAAAAUACUAUAUGGUAUAUCAAAAUCAUUGGUAAAAAAUCAAAUGUGAAAAACAAUGGGGUCUGCAACAUCAUCAAUGGCAGCAAAAUUUGCCUUUUAUCCUCCAAACCCACCAACUUAUACACUAAUUAGUGAUGAAACAACUAAAAAACUUGCACUUUCUAAUGUUCUUAGGAGAGAAAAUGUAGAUGUGUUUAAGUUAUGCACUAAGAAAGGCAAUGAGAUUGUUGCAGUUUAUGUAAAAAACCCUUCUGCUUCAUUAACCAUUUUAUAUUCUCAUGGUAAUGCUGCUGAUCUUGGUCAGAUGUUUAACAUCUACUCUGAACUUAGUGUUCAUCUUGGUGUUAAUCUUAUGGGGUAUGAUUAUUCUGGAUAUGGGCAAUCUAAUGGCAAACCAAGUGAGCAGGACACAUACGCAGACAUAGAAGCAGCAUAUAAGUGCUUAGGAGAGAAGUAUGGAGUGGAAGAUGAAAAGCUCAUACUAUAUGGGCAGUCUGUCGGGAGCGGCCCGACACUCGAGCUAGCGAUCCGUGUCCCUCGACUGAGGGCCGUUAUUCUCCACAGCGCUAUCCUCUCCGGUAUCCGAGUCAUGUAUCCUGUCAAGCGAAGUUACUGGUUUGACAUUUUUAAGAACAUAGACAAAAUUUCCCUUGUUGAUUGCCCAGUUCUAGUUAUCCAUGGAACAGCAGAUGAAGUAGUGGAUUACUCUCACGGUAAACAAUUAUGGGAACUGUGCAACGAAAAAUAUGAACCAUUAUGGGUAAUAGGAGGAAACCACUGCAACUUGGAGCUCUAUCCAGAAUACUUAAGGCAUCUUACUAAGUUCAUUUCAGCAAUCCAGAAACUACUGCCUCCUGCACAAGUUCAAAAAGAAUCGGAGCGAAGUAACUCAGAUGUGCUAAGAUCAAAUGGUGACCUUAAAGAGCUUAGUUUCAGGUCAAGUACUGAUCAAAGUGAGAAGAAGUCUUCAUCUCGGUUCAGCAUUGGACAGCGCGAAAACUGUAGAUUAAGCGUUGAUGGUAAGGAGAUCAAGCCAAGGGCAAGCAGUGAUCGGAAAGAGAGAACAAGGAGGAGGAGCAUGGACAGAUCCAGCAAAGCCAGGAACAGUACAGAUCAAACUGACAUGCCUAGAAAAAGCUUUGAUCGGUUAGGAGACAUGGUGAGAUCGGUUGGGUUAUGCAAUGUUGAUUGUUUUAAACAAACGGCAACCACAGUUUGAUCUAAUGAAGGCGAUCACAAAACUUUAAGACUUUAAGAUACUACUUGAUCUUGUAGUACAUCGCCAAAUUCAAUCUAUUCCAAGUUAGGCAGAUUGCAGUUUAGAGACAAGAAAUGAAGACAUUUGUGGUGUGGUUAUUCUCUUAUGUUCAUCUCGUUGGUUUCUUAUAAAUGCAUAUAUAGGGGUAGAACUCAAACAUGAGGGUGUUAUUCUUGGUUUUUGUGAUUGAGAAAGUUGAUUGAAACAUUCGUCUUUAGAUGAUUAUGCAAUAAGAUUGUAAAAAGGUGGUUCAAUUUUCUAAAAGUAUGACAUAUAGUAAAGUAAGAUUGAAAGUUGU